CAUUCAUAUCCUCCUCUCUCUUUCUUCUUUCGCCGACACACAUAUUCUUCCAACUUGCUUCCUAUAUUUCAUAUAUAGAUCUCUCUCAUUUCUUCUUUACAUCUCCCAAAAAAUAAAAAAAAAAAAUCCCUUUUUAUCCAAUGGCUUCGAGCUCUUUGAAGCAGCAACGACCGGAGACGACGUGGACACCAAAGCAAAACAAGCUGUUCGAGAAAGCAUUGGCAUUGUACGACAAAGAUACGCCUGAGAGAUGGCAAAAUAUUGCCACCGCGGUCGGUGGGAAGUCGGCCGAUGAAGUUCAAAGACACUAUGAGAUACUCUUGGAAGAUCUCCGGCAGAUCGAGUCCGGUCGUGUUCCUAUUCCCAAUUACCGAGGCACUAGCAAUCGAGAUGAAGAGUUGAGGCUGUUAAAGUAUCUGAAGCUUCAAUGAAGAACUUGCCUACCACUACCACUAUUCUCUUUCAAUCUCUCAUCAAACACAAGUGGCUCACUUGGCCUAGGUGUAUUCAUAGACAUUCUAAUGUACAAGUUUUAUAUCUUUUAAAUGAACUUUCUCUCAAUAAAAAGUGUACAACCAACAAUCUAUUUUAAUAUAAUUUCAUUUGCAUUUAACAUAA